AUGUCUGCAACUGUGAUUAACGGCGGAGGGUCCAUCCAUCUCAACGGCCAGUCGGGUUCAAAAAAGGACUUCAACGACAAUUUUGUACAGAUCAUCAAUGGCAAGAGCACCUCUACAAAGGCAACUCGCCACGGCGUUAAUCCAGCCACUCUUGCGCCAUUGGCCGAGGUCCCAGUAGCAACUCAAGACGACCUCGACAGUGCCGUCACCGCAGCCAAGGCCGCCUUCAAGACCUGGUCCAAAACCCCAUACGACGAUAGGCGGAGUGCGGUAUUGGCAUUCGCCGACGCCAUCGACUCGCUGAGGGUGGAGUUUCGCGACCUGCUCAUCACCGAGCAAGGAAAGCCUAUCCCCCAAGCAGAUGCGGAAACAGAUUCGGCAAUCGCCUGGAUCAGGGGCAUGGCUGACCUGCCACUGCCGGAAGAUGUCAUCGAGGACAACGAGAAGAGAACGGUCAUCACGCGGUACACGGCCAUUGGUGUAGUGGCAGCCAUAAUACCGUGGAACUUUCCGCUGAUGCUCGCCACGGGCAAGAUCGCGCCAGCGCUCCUGACCGGAAAUGUCAUUAUCGUCAAGCCUUCACCGUUCACUCCGUAUUGCGGAUUGAAGCUAGCUGAACUGGCACAGAAGUUCUUCCCUCCAGGUGUGGUCCAGUCUCUUAGCGGUGACGACAACCUCGGUCCGUGGAUCACGAGCCAUCCCGGCAUCGACAAGAUCAGCUUCACGGGAUCUACGGCUACUGGGAAAGCCGUAUUGCAAAGUGCCAGCAAGACACUAAAACGUGUGACUCUCGAGCUGGGCGGAAAUGAUCCUGCGAUCAUUUUUCCAGACAUAGAUGUUGAGAAAGUGGCGCAACAGAUCGCAAUCUGGGCGUUUCUGAACUCCGGUCAGAUUUGCUUGAAUUUGAAGAGGAUUUAUGUCCACGAAUCCAUCUACGAAGAUUUCAAAAAGGCCAUGGUCAAGCAUGCAGGAAGCUUCGCUUUCGGCGAGGGCACGCAGCCAGGGAUCACUCACGGGCCACUGCAGAACCGUAUGCAGUAUGAUCGAGUGAAGACUUUCUUCAACGACAUUGCCAAACAGGGCUGGGAGGUGGCUCUCGGAGGCGAGAUGUCCGAUGAGCCGGAAAAAGGAUACUUCAUCAAACCGACCAUCAUCGAUCGGCCGCCGGAGAAGUCACGCAUCGUGGUUGAAGAACCAUUCGGUCCCAUCGUUCCGCUUCUAACUUGGCAAAACGAGGAGGACGUAAUUGAUCGCGCUAACGAUACCACCAUGGGGCUCGGAGCCUCCGUGUGGUCGAAUGACAUCCGAAAGGCCACUCGUGUCGCCAAGGAGAUACAGGCAGGCAGCGUUUGGGUCAACACGCACUUUGAUAUCUCGCCGAUAGCCCCAUUCGGUGGUCACAAAGAAAGUGGAAUCGGGAGCGAGUGGGGACUCAACGGUCUUAAGGCAUUUUGCAACGUACAGACUCUGUUCCUGAACAAGUCGCUGCCGUAA